AUGAAAGAAAUGUAUGCUGACAUCGAAGCACUUCAUUUUCAAAACAUAAUGAAUUUUGAAGAAUAUGUCAAUUAUCCAGAAGAAAAAGAAACAAAUAAAAUAUUAAAUAAUGAGAAGAUUUUGGCUCUUUUUACCAAUCUGAAACCUGAAAAGACUAAAGAUACCAAAGAGGAAGAGAAUGAAAGUGAUAGAAAGGAGGAUGAUAGUACAGAAAUAUACCAAAUUACUCAUUGCAAAGCACUAAGUGCCAUAAAAGUGCUUGAAUACUACUUUAUACAACAAGAUAUUGAUAAGGCAGCCUAG